AUGGCAACAUCGAAUACUCUGUUUCCUGGCGUUGCUCUGGUCACAGGUGCUUCAUCCGGCAUUGGGCGUCAAAUCGCCAUCUCUUUUGCCGUAGAAGGAUGUCGCAAGCUCGCUCUGUUCGACAAGGAUGGAAACGGCCUCACUGAAACAAAAAACGCUAUCGAGAGUGUAGCCGAAAAUGCAGAGGUUCACCUCUUUGAGACGGAUAACCUCGAUGCAGAUCAAGUUUUCAAGAACAUGGGUCUUGCAAUCGCUCAAUUUGGCCGUAUUGAUUAUGCUGUUAACUGUGCUGGUAUGUUCUACAUCUCUUCUUACGUCCAGUUAACUGAGAGGCCAGGUAUCUACGGUCCUACAAAGCCAAGUCAUAAUGUGACUACUGCGGAGUUCGAUCAUGUUAUGCAUACCAACUUUCGAGGACUAUGGCUUUGUGCGCGCGAGGAGCUCAACCAUAUGUCGGCCCAAGAUCUUGGUGUCACUCAUGAUGGACGGCCUGGAUUCAGAGGGUCGAUUGUGAACGUGGGAAGUAACCUCGGCCUUGUUGGAAAGCCAGAAACCCCGGUCUAUAGUGCUUCAAAAGCGGCCAUUAUCAGCUUGACGAGAAGCGAUGCGAUCGAUUAUGCGAAGCAUCAAAUUCGAGUCAACUGCGUGUGUCCUGGAGUGAUUGAAACGCCUAUGACAGCUGAUGUCCCAGAAGAUGACCCUGCUGUACAAACUGCUGUCAUGAAACGAAAAGGUACGCCGCAAGAAGUAGCAGACGCCGUCUUGUUCCUAUCCAGCCCAAAGGCUUCCUUCAUCCAAGGGACUGCAUUGUCGGUCGAUGGUGGAUAUACUAUCAGUUAA